AUGCCCCUGACGAGCGUAGUUGCUGAUGCACUCGGCGUAGUCACAAUCUCUCUUGUCACACUUUUGGGUCUCAUUGGUUUGCUUUGCAUCUUAUACUCCUUUUACUUUCGCGACCACAUUCGUACCCAAACCCAUACCCAACUCGGAUACUUCAGUGGCCCGUGGGUUAUCCGUAUUAUUUUCAUCUUCUUCUCAAUCUUUUGGGGCUUCAGUGAAAUCCUACGUCUCGAAUUCUUGAGACGCGAAGGCCGGGUCCUACACACUCUCAAUUCAAAAUGGCAGGAAAGGAACACGAGUUCCGGGCCGUUGAGCCGGAAGUGGAACAUCAAAACGACGGUUUACGUUCUCCUAGGUUUCCUACCGUUGUUUGCGCUUCAAAUGACGGUUGUUUUCGUCGGACCUCGAUACGAAACGGAUUUGCAUUUGAACGAGAAAGGUUACUUUUUUAAAACGACGGCUGGGCCUGAGUACGAGAAUGACGUGGCGCGCUGCUAUUACCCGUUACUGAGUACCAUCUUUCUUGGUCUUUUUGCCACCGUGUUGACUGUUUAUUUGUUCUGGCUCGGGAGGCGGAUACUAAUUUUGGUCAUCAAUAAGGGGUUGCAGAGAAGAGUGUACACAUUGAUAUUUUUGGUUUCUAGUUUUUUUCCAUUACGGGUUUUGUUACUCGGUUUAUCUGUUUUGUUCAAGCCAGGGGACGCGGUGUUUGAAGUUCUUGCAUUUUUGGCUUUUCUUUCUCUUUUAUGUUGUUCGGGGGUUGGGAUUUGUGUUCUUGUUUACUUCCCGAUUGCAGACUCUUUAGCUUUGAAGAAUCUGCAAGAUAUCAGGGAACAUGACACUCGCUCAUUAAUUGCUAACUGUGGCCCGCCUGAUGAUUUUACUACGGGGUCCACAAAAAGGGGGUCCAUCUCGUUUAGGGCAAUUGAAAGGGAGGAAAAUAUGGGAGGCUUUGUGGAGUUGAGUCUGUUUUCGCCUAGUCAGCAUUUGACCCCGAUGGGUUCGCCUCAGGUUCAUGGCUGGCCGAUGCUUCCUUUGGGGUCGAGCUUGUGA